UAAAAACCGAAAAAGUAAUUAAUAAGGCAUGCGUAUAGAUGAAUAUAAAAGGAGUAUAACAUUUUGAUUAACGCAUAGUAUAGUUCUCAAAAUGGUGAAAAUCUUCGUUGUCGUAUUUUUGGCGGUUAUCGCAACCAUCGAGGCCAAAAUCACACUACCGGCCGAACUCCAAGAAUACAUCGACGACUUGCACAAGUUGUGUCUGGACAGAGGAGGUUUACAAGAGACCGAUCAUGAAGCCUACGAUAUAAACACCAAAGAUCAAAAAAUGAUGUGCUAUAUGAAAUGCCUGAUGUUGGAAUCCAAAUGGAUGAAGCCCGAAGGGGUUAUUGACUAUGACUUUAUAGAUUCUCAGGCCCAUCCUGACGUCAAGGAUAUACUAAUGGCAGCCGUGAACAAGUGUAGAAACAUUGAUGAAGGAGCAGAUCUUUGUGAAAAAUCUUACAAUUUUAACAAAUGCUUGCAUAGGGCUGACCCAGUGAACUGGUUCUUGGUUUAACUUUCGCAAACCAUACAAGGAUUUUCACUAAGAUGACUUUCGGCAGUAAUCGAUGGAUUAUGAGUUAUUAUUCCUACCAUGUUUAUAUUAUUAUAUUUUAAAUAAAACGCACGAGCAUCCCA